AUGGCAUCGCAGGUCCCGCCCUCUACUAAGCCUACGCCGGAGGCAUUCAGGCCCCUGCCCCCCUCGGCGGACCUAUACGAGCCGGAAGACUAUGUGACUACUUUUUCCGAGCACAAGUCGCAUACUGGUGCCAGCAAGUUCAAGGACCCGUGUGCAAAGGCCAGCAAGGCGAGUUUGCAGUGCCUCGAGCAGACGCGGUAUAAUCGCGGCGAGUGCUACGAGUACUUUAAGGCGUACCGGGAAUGCAAGAAACGCUGGGUUGAGCAGCGCAAGGCGGACAACGCGGGGCAGCCUCGACCACAGCCCAGCUAG